UCUAUGUCAUCUGCCUAUUGCCACCCAUAAGACAAAGAGGCGGCCCUGACAAAUCACUUUCACGUGUGCCUUGCCAACAUUGCCCAAUCCUUUUUCCAUUGACUUCCAUAAACACAUACCAUCACUGUUCGUCACAUAUCGCCUUCUAGGCACUAUAUCUUUAGCACAACACCAGCAGUGACUCCCUGUUAUACUUACUCACAUCUUCAUCAUUCUUGGUUGUCUGCGACUGACAAUCAGACCAUUGGGAUGACCUCAUUUACUGUUACCUCACCUUUGGGCCGAAGCGACAAGGCAAACAUGAAUCAUUUACCAUCCGUUUCCAGCCUAAUGUCACCCCCAGAGUCCAAACCUUUCGAUAGUUUUAACCCUGCAUUUUCACCCCAUCAUGUGUCACAGGAUCCUUCAUUCAGCCAUGACAUGAAGCUUCCUCCUAUCUCCGUUGACCGGAAGCGGACACAAUCGGAGAUGGACUUGCCGUCGCCACCUGUGACUCCCUACACAGGCAACAAAAAAAGGAAGUCAAAUACAUCAGAGCAGAUCGAGGGAGAUGCAGUAGUUGGCUCUUCAAGGGACCCUGUCCUUUUCCCUCGCCAAGAUUCGCUCGCAGAGGUUGCUACUGACGAGCCGUUGUUUGGUCCUAUGCUUCCGACCGCGACGGAAGCAUUGGUUGAGCAGCAUAUUAAUUCCCACAUGGCAAGGUUUGAAAAUAAACUAAAUAAACCGACACGCGAUGAGUACCUUCUAGCUCUUUCGUGUGUGCCAAUCGUUUCAGCUCAAUAUAAUCGCAACCCAGGAGCAUGGGCUAAAGAGGAGCGAGAAACGCUAGAGCGCCAACUGGUCAUGAUGAAUCGUUGUCGCCCGCACACAAUGGAAGCGAAAUUAAAGAGAAUCGCCCCAGCGCCGGCCAAGAGGACAGUUCCUGCUCAGACUCGUGCGCAGCGGACUCCCAGGGCCAAGCGUACACCAAGAUUUACACCAAAGCAAAAAGUUUUGGACACUUUUGACUUAACCCCACAAUCCAGUAACAAGCAACCCCGAGCUAUAGGCACAAAUCGGGAUGACACAGAUUAUAAAUCGAUUAUGGAUUACUCCCCUCCUUUAGAGACUCUCGGAAGCAAUGCAAAGGCAUUAAAAGCAGACUGGAAAGGACAAAUGCUGGAUCUCAGCAACGAUUCAGAUCGACACUUGCUGAAUGCCGCCGAGCUCAACCUUGCAGCCACAUUAAGGCUUUCCUGUGCAACAUAUCUAUGCAGCAAGCGUCGCAUUUUUGAGGCUCGUGUCAAGGCUUUGAAUGUCGGGAAAGAGUUUCGAAAGACAGAUGCUCAACAGGCUUGCAAGAUCGAUGUUAACAAAGCAAGCAAGCUUUGGACGGCAUAUGACCGAGUUGGCUGGUUCAGACCGGAACAUUUCGAACAAUUUCUUAAAUGACGUUACGAGAUAUAUCACUAAAGCCUGCUAUCCAACGUUGUUACAUUCGAUCAUCUCAAUUUUUUUUGUUGGUUAAUUAGCGAGUUCGUUCCUAGGAUCAUGCAAUAUUUCAAACCUUUUGUUCUAUGUCACUAGGCAUGGCUGGUCUGUGUACAACGGGGUGACUUGCACUUUUGACCCAUCCUUUUACGGGAUUUGAUGUCCUUUGCUGUUGGCGUUGUAACAGGGAAGACCCCACGGGCUUGACAUUUAGCUGUAUUAUUGAGGUAGAUAGCUGACCUUCCUGCAUGCCAUUCCCUAUUAUAU